UCAGAAUCUGCCUCCCUCACCAUCUAUAAGGGGGACCCUUCUCCUUAAUUUUGCCUUCUCAAACUCAAAACCAAGCCCAUCACUCAUGCCUCCACCCUCUCAAGCCGCCGCCGCCGCCUACUCCUCCUCCAAGAGGCACUUCCACUGGACUAAGAAGAUUGGAGCUGAAAAUGAUGAGCAAGAAAAUUCUAGGAACCAUGCUGCUGCUUUGCUAACUCCAAAGAAGAAGCUUCCAGCAGUAGCAGUUGCUAGACUUCGCUCUGUUCUUUCAGCUUUUGGCAAGAAUCGGCCUAAUCUACAACUGGGACUUGGGCCUCGUGUGAUCGGCACCCUUUUCGGCUGCCGCCGUGGUCAUGUUCAUUUUGCAUUUCAAAGAGAUCCCACUUCGCCUCCAGCUUUUCUUAUAGAACUUGCUACGCCAAUUAGAGGAUUGGUUCGAGAAAUGGCAUCUGGUUUGGUCAGAAUUGCAUUGGAGUGUGACAAGGAGAAAGAAGAGGAGAAAAAUAAAGCAGUGAGAUUGCUUGAAGAGCCUUUGUGGAGGAGUUACUGUAAUGGGAAGAAGUGUGGUUUUGGGACAAGGAAGGAAUGUGGGGCUAAAGAGUGGAAGGUGCUGAAAGCUGUGGAGCCAAUUUCAAUGGGUGCUGGUGUGUUGCCAGGUGACAAUGGAACUGAUAGUGAAGUCAUGUACAUGAGAGCUAAGUUUGAGAGAAUUGUUGGGUCUAGAGAUUCUGAAGCUUUCUACAUGAUGAAUCCUGACAGCAAUGGAGCUCCUGAGCUCAGUAUCUAUUUACUUAGAGUCUAAACUUCAAGUUACAUCCAUAAUUUUCCCCCCUAAUUUUCUUUUAUAGUAAUCUUAAUUAGAAAGCUAGCAGUCACAGUUGUUUAGCUCUUGAAGAACCAUGAAAAUGGAGGAUCUAGCACUCUCCAAGUUUUCUGUAAUUUUCUUUUUCUUUCUUUUUUUUUUUCUCCUUCUGAGAAAAUGAAGGGUUAAGUGGGCCUUGUAUUUUGUUA